AUGCGGUCGUGGGCUCUCGAAGACAGUAAGUACAAUGUAUGCUACAUACCGGGAUUGGAACACAUCUCGUGUUGUGGUUGUCGUGGUAGCAAUCAGCACGGUUGCUUGCUGGAGGCACGCAGAAGGUCAAGCCACCGAGGCUGUUUUGCAGGAAGACGCACAAAUUACUCAUUGUAUAUUAGCCAUCUCCUU